AUGGCUGGUCUGCGGGCCUUCGCUCGGUGCCAAGUGGUUGAGAUCUGCAGUGUCGUUAUUUCUCCAGGAUCCUGUGAUGAACCAAAGUCGGGGCUGGAUUUCAACCUCCGUCUGCCUGAGCCUCACGCCAGAGCUGCCAUCACCUGCUACCUGCUCGGUGGCGAUCUGUAUCCCAAAGACGACACUCGAUGUCUGCUCAAGAAUCUGGAGCCUGAUGCACAGAGCCCCUCAGAAGCCGGCUCCCCGUCGUCAAAGAGGAAGAAGAGAGAAACACAGAUGCCCCAGGAUGAGGAGGCUGUGGAGGAAUGUGAGCCGCCUUUCAACAGUAACAUCACAGCAUUUGCGAUGAAGGCCAAGGUCAUUUACCCUAUCAAUCAGAAGUUCCGGCCCCUGGCUGACGGGUCCUCCAACCCGUCCCUGCACGAGACCCUGAAGCCAACAGCCCUGCCACACCAGCCAGGGGGGCCCUCGCCGUCCAGCAGCCUGGGCAGCCUGAGCCCUGCCGAGAAAGAGGACUGCAGCUCCUCCUGCAGCUCCCGCUCCGCCGCCAGUGAGGACAGGCUGCUGUGCCGUGCCUUCCUGCGGGUCGGCAGCUUCCCUGAGGUGCUGGCCUGCGAGAGUGCAGACAUCGAGCUAUGUAUCUAUAACCUUCACCUCAAAGACAUGAAGCUCUUGGAUGCUGCGCUGAGGCAGGAGCAGCACAUGAUGUUUAUUCAGAUUUUUAAACUGUGCCUCCUGGACCUUCUUCCUAAGAAGUCAGAUGAUGAGUUGCACCAGAAGAUUCUUUCAAAACAAGAACAUGAUUUGGAGGAAUUAGAGAAGGGACUUCAGGUCAAACUGUCGAACAUGGAAAUGCUGGGCACCAGCGACUCUGGGUACAUCAGCCUGGCAGACGUGGAGAAGAAGGAGAGAGAAUCCUCAGAGCACCUCAUGGACCACAUGGAAGCUUUCUGGAAACAGAUGGAAAACAUCCAGCACUUUCUUGUGGACCAAUUUAAAUGUUCCAGCACCAAGGCACGGCAACUCACAAUGACUCUGACGGAAAGAAUGAUUGUGGCCGAAGAGCUCCUGCAGCAGUCUCAGGAUCUGCAGACUCUGGACACCCUGGAGAGGACACUGGGCCGGGUGCACAUGGCCAAGCUGGUUGAGUGCCUGCGGAUGCAGAUCCAGGAGGAGACCAAGUGCCACCUGGCUGCCAUGUCCCAUAGCCUGGAACUGCUGGCCGUGCAGGGGAUGCUGUCAGGGCAGCAGAAGGAGGAGCUGCUGGCCCAGCAGCACAAGGCCUUCUGGGAGGAGGCAGAGCACUUCAGCCGGGAGUUCAUCCAGCGCAGCAAAGCCCUGGUCCAGGCAUCUCUGGCUCGCCAGGCGGAGGAGGCGGCCAGGCUCACACUGGCCCAUGAGGAGGAGCGGAGGAGCUUCCUGGCCACUUCCCUGCCGGUCCCGGACCCGGAGGAUUUCCUCAAGGAUUUCCACGAGGUCCUGGAGCAGCAGCGGCUGAUGCAGAGGGACCUGGAGGAGGAGGAGGAGGUGAGAGCCACUGAGGCCGCAGCUGCGUUCUGCCAGGAACUGUACCACAGCACCGUGGACACCUUCCAGCAGUUUGUGGACACCCUGUUCCUGCAGACGCUCCCGGGAGUCAGUGGCCUCCACAGGACAGAGUGCGAGUCCCUAAGGCAGGUGACGCAGGAGGAGGCAGCUCGGCAGCUGGGGCACUCGGACCGCUUCCGGAGACAGCAGUGGGGCCUCCUGCAGGACCUCCUGGAGCAAGACAGGCAGGGGUGGCUGGAGGACGGCGCGCUGUCCGCGGUGCUGCAGGCCCAGCUGCGCGAGGAGCAGGAGAGCGCCGUCCGCGGGGUGCUGGCCCGGCUGGGCGGCCUGGCGGAAGAGUCCGCGCGGGGCGUCGUCCGGGGCCACCGGCUGCUCCUGCGCGCCGCACUCCGCAGGCUGGGCCUCCGCGGCGGCGCCCUGGCCGUGCUGGCGCGCAUGAGGCUGUCGGGGAGGAGGCGGCUGCUGCAGGAGCUGCGCGAGCAGCAGGCGCUGGAGCGGGGCGCCUCGCCCUGCCUGGACGAGCACGCGUGGCAGCUGCUCCGAGCCCUGGAGGCUCGCGUCCGGGAGGAGGCCGGCCGGCUGGAGGAGGACGCGCAGCGCACGCGGAUGCAGCUCCAGCUGCAGCUGCUGGCCGAGGCCCAGGACGCGCGGCAGCGGCUGCAGGGGCACACGGAGCGGGCCGCGGGGCAAGCGCUGCUGGCGCACGCGCGGAACGCGGCCACCAGGAGCCGCGCCAAGAACCGGGACGACUUCAAGAGGACUCUGGUGGAGACUGCGGCGGAGAGCGUCUACGUGACCCGCGCCAGCGCGGGCCGCCUGGUGCAGACCUAUUACCAGCGCGCUGGCAGGCUGGCGCAGGAGCACGAGGAGCGGACGCUGGAGCAGCUGAAGACGCUGCAGGGUGAGCGGAUCGACAGCUACAAGCUGCAGAAAAAGCAAGAACUCAGUGAGCCCUCGCCGGGGAGCCAGGCAGCGGGCAGUGGCCCCCAGGGGCUCCCCCAGAGGGUGCUGUCCCGGCAGCAGAGUUUCCGGGCCCGAUUCACCGCACACCAGCGGCUCCGCCUGGACGCGCAGAGGCAGAAAGCCCGGGCCCUGGACCAGCUGGAGACCCAGCUGGAGGCCCAGCUGCAGGAAUCCGAGCAGACCUUUGUCACGGAGCUGGCGGCGCUGGCCCGAGUGCCCCUUGUGGACAACAAGCCAGUCUCCAGUAAGCGAGGGCAGCCGGAGAAGCCACUGAGGACCAAAAGGAAGAAACCCCCACCCCGGGACAGAGGGGACCUGGGGUCCCCCACCGAUGACGACCCCGCCUCUGUGGACCCCACGUCAGGAUCUCCCAGCAGAAGGCGGAGUCAGCAAGAAAGCGACACAGGCGACGGCACCCGUGCUAGGAAGGUGUUGAGGAAAAGAAACGAUCUGUAGCUGCCCGCCAGGCUCUGGCCGGACGUCGGUGGGGCCGGGCGCGCACAGUAUGUCCCUGCGUGCUGAGGGCACUGGCGCAGGGCCUGACAGUCCCCAGAAAGCGCGCUGGGGACAGCAGUCCCCGGGUGGGGACCGUGGGGAGCUGGCAUCGGGAAGGUCUGGGCUCCACAUCUCAUUCUCUGUGGGCCCCAGCGCCAUCCCUCCUGGUUCCCCUUUCCCCCGAGAGUCCCCCUUCCAUCCCGGCCCUCUGGCCCCCACUGCAGAACUGGCCCGUCCGUUCUGCACUGAGGUCCUUGUCACAGCUCAGCACAGCCCAGCACCCUGGCUCCUGGGCCCCGUGGGGUCUCUGCCGCCUCCGUCCGGCUCUGAGCUCCACCGCACCCCACACUGGCCAUCACCCACCCUGCUCUCUGCAUCACAUCGGGAGCAAUGCCUGGCCUGGGAGCUUCCUGUCCCCUGCUCAGCCCCUGCUGACACCAGGGCCCCCCUCAGGAGGGGUCUGAGUCCAGGUCCCCAACUCCAGCUCAGACCUGGGUCCCUGGCCACAGGCCUCCCCUAGGCACCCGGCCAGACCCCCAGACACCAUCACCUCCAGCCGGGCUGCUCUUCGGGGCCCUUGAGGACAGGCACGGAGCCCUGGCACCAACCAGCAGCCCUGUGGGGAAGGCCCCGGUCACCUGCUUUCCCCCAGCCCCACAUACGCCACAGCCCGGGGCCCCAGCUGGCGGCCUGCACUCGGGUGAGGGGAUUCCUUGUUUGGGACGUGAAGGCCACAGUGCAAGAUGCGGUCCCUCACGUCAGACCCCAAAGGAGUGGAGCCCUCGGGCAGGGGGACACCGGCCUUCCUGCCUUCGGCCUCCCAGAGCCUGGCCCCCGGGAUCUGCCCCAACACAUCCCUACCCACUCCUGAAUAAACGCAGGCAUUUAAAAUUCA